AUGGUUCGUCGCAGCGAGAGGUCUGUCGGCGAGGCAACGCGGAAGGCGUCGGUGGGUGGUCCGCGGGGUGGCCGCAAGCGACGCGGCCGGAGAGGCGGCGCCGACGACGGCCUGAUCGAGGCGCAGGAGCGGGGCGCGCUCAACCUCAACAACCCGCUGAUCCCCCCGGAGCUCGACGAGGACAUCGACGACGACAUCGCCUUCAACAGCGACGACGAGGAGAAGUACGGCCACUUGUUCCGCAAAACGACGGUCCCCGACGCCGCCCGCGCCUCUGCUGCGGCUGCCGGAGGGAAACAGAAGAAAAGCGCAAGGAAUAAAAAGUCACGGGGUCACGCGGCCGGCGCUGACGAGGUUGGCGAUGCGGACGACGCCCUCCUGCUGCAGCAGCUCCGUGCCCUUGGCGAGAUUGACGAGGACGAGGACUUGGAGUUUCAUGAGCGGGGCGGCGCCGGGGGCGACGGCGAGGAUGAAUACAUUGACCUUGCGGACAUGCUCGACGCGGCGCAAGCCGCGGAGGGGAAGGCGGACGGCAAAACCCGAAGGAAGAAGACGAGAAAAGUGGACGAGAGCGGCGUUGCGAAGAAGCGACGGCGCGCGCUUGUCACAGAGGAGGUGGAGUCUCUCUAUGGCCCGACCGCCGUGGACGGCAAGUACAGCAGUGCAAUUCGCGACAUUGUCACGGCGGCCCCGGCGUCCUCCUCACAGUCGCGGAUGCAGCAAAGCCUGGACAACAAGCGCAACCUCAUCAGCGUGGAUGCCGAUGACCACACAAAGGCAAGGCUGACCCGCAGCGAGGUGCGAAAGGUGGUCGCAAAUGAUCUUGCCAAGUACAACAGCUUUUUGCGAGAGCUGCGUGAGGCAAAGCAUGUGCAGUUGCCCAUGCCAAUGCCCGAGAGCAACCCAGUUCCGACGACGCUUGGCGCCAUUUCUGCUGCUGCAGUAGAUCGUUUCACGACGGAGGCGAAUGCGGCGAAUACGGCGGCUGCCUUGGCGACCGCAACCCCCACAGGCGAAGCCGCAGGGAUGACUGGUAACGCCUCGCGGGCGUCUGCAUUUCGCCUGGCUGGGAAGGUCAAUGCGUUGCUGUCAAGCGCGGGGCUAGCAAAGCCAGAGCUUUCUACACCUACUGCGGAGGACGGCGUUAUUCCCCUUGGCGACAACGACGAUGACGACGCUGGUGAUGCACAUAAAACAGGAGUGGCUCAACUCGGUGGGGGCGGGAACGCCCCAACAAGGAGUUAUAUGGCAAAGUUAAAAGCAAUGCUUUCGUACGAAAAUGCACGCCGUCGCCGUUUGAAUCGCAUUAAAAGCAAAACGUAUCGUCGAAUUCUCCGCAAGGAGAAGGACCGGGAACAGGAGCGACGGGAGAGGGCGUUUGAGAUCCUCCACCCUGAAAAGGCGCGGGCGCGUCUCGCAGAAAAGCUUAUGAAGGCCAGAGUGGAGGAGCGAGUGACGCAGAAGCACAAGAACACAAGUAAGUGGGUGCGCCACGCGAAGCGGUUUGCCAACUUUGACGGCAGCACAAAAGAUGCCCUCAACGAGCAGAAUUUGUUGCACCAACGACUCAUGCAGAAAAUGGAAGAGGACGCAGACGAGGAUGCCUACCUGAAUGCGGGUGGUGAUGCCGACGCCGGAAGCGAAGCGGCCUCGAGCGAGGAGGAGCGUGUCGUGGACUAUAUUAUUGCCGGGGCCACCGCGACGCCGCAAGGGGCAGGGAAGGAGGCGGCCGAUAGUAGGAAGAAAAAGCUGACGUCCCUGCUCUGGCGGAGCAUCGAGGAUGUCGAGGAAGCGGAAGCGGGUGACGGGGCGACGGCGACCCACAUGACACCCACUGAAAAGGCCCGUGUAGAAAUGCGGGGGAUGAAGUUUAUGCAGCAAGCGAGGCAACGCGAGGAGAGGCGCUACGCGGAGGUGCUGGAGCACUUGCAGGAGGACAUCCGUCGCAACAUGUCUGGCGACGCUGUAAGCCGCGAGGACGAAACCUCGGACUUGGACGAGGCCCGGGACCAGAAGGAAAAUCCGAAAAAGGUAAAGUCGAGGGCCCAGCUCUCGGCAACCACAGACACAAGUGUGGGACGGAAGGCCUUCCUGCGCAAGCGUGAGGGACAAGGUGGCAGGGAAGUCGUAGAGAGUAUUAAGCUGAAGCGGCACCGUGGCAUUGAUGCCCAGGGAGGGGAACAUGAGUCGGAGGGUGGUCACAGCAGCACGCGUGCCAAGGAAGGUGCGGAUGACACCUGGUCUAUUGGCGAAGAAGGCAGCAGUGAGGCUGAGGCGGAUGAGGUGGGCAAGGGACAAGAACAGGUGACCCCAGUUGCUGCGGCUGACCCCGUUGAAAACGGAGGAGCCACCAAGGAAGAGUUUGCCGGUAGCCGUCAGCCGAAAGUGUCCUCUGUUAGUAACCUCGGCGGCGAUGCCGCCGCCCCUGCGAAGCGGAAGCGUGCGAGCAGCACACGUAUUGCUAUUGUUCCGGCGGACCUCCAACAGCCUCGCGGCGACAGUGGCCUGGCGGAGGCUGGAGAGGAGGGAGUGGCCAAGGCGGUCCGGCGCAAACGGAAAAGGGGGGAGCAGUUAGCUGAAACGAAGAGGGAAGCGGGGGACGAUGAUGAAAUGAUGUUGCAGCAGCAUCAGGACUACCUCAUUGCGCGCGCCUUCGCCGACGAUGAGGUGGACGCUGAGUUUCUUGCGGAAAAAACGGCGCAGGUUGAAACUAUCAUGAAGCCCGUGGACAAAAAUGCCACUCUGCCUGGCUGGGGCGAGUGGGGCGGUGAGGAUGAGCGUCUCAACCAACGUCACCAGGCAAAGUUACAGGCGAUGGAGCUGCAGCGGCAAAUCGAAAAGACAACGUUGAUGAAGAGCCGCGCGGACGCUGAGCUUGACCACGUCAUCAUCAACCACGAUGGGGUGGAGCUCGUGCCAGACCGCAUGCUCUUGCACAUGAUUCCGCGUCCAUUCAGUAACCCGACGGAGUUUGCGCGGUCUAUGCGGCAUCCGCUUGGACCCGAGUGGAACUCCGCUGUUUCCUUCAAGGAUGCCAACCAACCGCGACUGGAGGUACGACAGGGACAUACCGUGCUGCCGCUUGAUCUCUCCCUACGCGGCAAAAAGAAGACGGCAAAGACCAAGAGACGCAAAACGCCAUCGACCGCAGCUGCGUAG